GGCUAUGAAUUUUUUUUGUAUUUAAUAUUUGAGAAAAGAAAAAAUUAUUUUAUAAUAAAAAGAUAUCUUAAUAAUUUCUAAAAAAGUGAGGUUGAGAUAGAUGAAGUUUUAUAAAAGAGAUAUUAUAAAAUAAUUCAGCUAAAAAAAUUAAUUAUUUUAUACUUACCACAGUCUUAAAUACCAAAAAAAUAAAUUGAUAAUUUAUAAUAUUUAAUUAAAUAUUAAUUUAAUCAAAAAAGUAAAAAAAGUAAAUUAAAAAAUGAGUGAAUAAAAAUAAGAAAUAUGCAUUUGCUCUUUUUGCAAAAAAUUUCAGUUUAUGGAAAAAUAAAAUGGGGAAAAUUAAAUAGAAGAAUAGAAAGAAAAUUAACAAAAUUCAUAUGAUUAAAACUACCAAUAAGUUAAUUCCUUUAAUCAGUAAUCAUUUUAAUUAAAUAAAGAAGACUUUACAUAUGACAGCGAUUUAUAAAUGAUUGAAGAUUGGAUAAAUCAAUUUGAUAAUUUAAAAGCUGUUCAACGAUAAAACAAAGUCAAUCAUGAUUUUAUGAAAAAUUUUGUGACUUAAUACCCAACCUCUGAUUUAUCAUUACCAGAUAUUUCCUUUCAUUUCAAACCUGAUGGAUCAUAAGCUAUCCUCUUUAGCAUUUUCUGUAAACCUGAAAUACUAUAUAAAUGUGUAGCUAAAAGAAAUGAUAUAGCCAAAUUAUAUUAUGACUCAAAAGGAUUCGCUAUUCUUUUAGUUAUUAAUCCCAAAAUUUACUAUGAGAAUUAUGAAUAAAAGUAUUAAGAAUUUAAUUCGAAUGAGAUACCUUUGGAGGCUUUUAUUUAUAGCAAGUUUGAGAGUUAAUAAAAGAUCUUUAACAAAUUUGGCUUGUAAGUAAAAAGAUAAAUCAAUAUAUAUCCUCUAAUCAAAAAUUUAAGACUUAGAAAAGAUUUAUAUGAAUUGUUUGAGUGUUUAGAUGAUCAAUUUGAAUUUAAUUAUUCAAAUUGCAGUGACCACUGUUUCGCUUACUACACUUAGUCAGAUAAUUUAAAUUAGCUUGAAGGCUUAAUAAUAGGUCCACAAGACACUCCUUACGAAGGAAUACCCUACACUGUUACUAUUAUUAUACCUGAAGAUUACCCUAUUGAGCCUCCCAAAGUUACUUUCAACUAGUAAAUUCUGCAUCCAAACAUCAGUGAAUAAGGAGAAAUAUGUCUAAAUAUUCUCUAAGAUAAAUGGAGUACAGUGCUUACCAUUUAAAAAGUACUUGUAAGUAUAGUCAGUUUACUUUAUGAAAAGAAUUUAGAUGAUGUUUAUAAUCACUAUGCAAAAACCCUAUAUCAAGAAGAUCCUGAAGGAUACAGAAACUUAAUUAGAAAAUAAUCCAUAUUACAAGACUGUCAAAAGCUAAAAAUUGAUUACAAAAAACUGCUAAAAGUACCCUAAAAAUUAUAAAAGGUUAAUGGUGAAUAUGAUGAUGAUUAUAAUGAAUAAAAUAAUUAUGAUGAAUAUGAUGAAUAAUUAAUAUAUAAUAUUGGUUUUUGA